AUGGCCCAGCUUUACUACAAAAAGGUCAAUUACUCACCAUACAGAGACCGCAUCCCCCUCCAAAUCGUGAGGGCUGAGACUGAGCUCUCUGCUGAAGAGAAGGCCUUCCUUAAACAGGCACUGCAGGAGGCCGAGAUCUACUACAAUGUCAACAUCAACUGCAUGGAUCCUUUGGGCAGGAGCGCCCUGCUCAUUGCCAUUGAGAACGAGAACCUAGAGAUCAUGGAGCUACUGCUGAACCACAGUGUGUAUGUCGGCGAUGCAUUACUCUAUGCCAUCCGCAAGGAAGUGGUGGGCGCUGUGGAGCUUCUUCUUAGCUACAGAAAGCCCAGUGGAGAGAAGCAGGUUCCCACUCUGAUGAUGGAUACCCAGUUCUCUGAGUUCACACCAGACAUCACUCCCAUCAUGUUGGCUGCCCAUACCAACAAUUAUGAAAUCAUCAAAUUGCUUGUCCAAAAGCGGGUCACUAUACCACGGCCCCACCAAAUCCGCUGCAACUGUGUAGAAUGUGUGUCCAGUUCAGAGGUAGACAGCCUGCGCCAUUCAAGGUCCCGACUCAACAUCUACAAAGCUCUGGCAAGCCCUUCCCUCAUUGCCUUAUCAAGUGAGGACCCCAUCCUAACUGCCUUCCGGCUGGGCUGGGAACUCAAAGAGCUAAGCAAGGUGGAAAAUGAAUUCAAGGCUGAGUAUGAGGAGCUCUCCCAGCAAUGUAAGCUCUUUGCCAAGGACCUGCUGGACCAAGCUCGGAGCUCCCGAGAACUGGAGAUCAUCCUCAACCACCGAGAUGACCACAGUGAAGAACUUGACCCACAGAAGUACCAUGACCUGGCCAUGCUGAAAGUGGCAAUCAAAUAUCACCAGAAAGAGUUUGUCGCUCAGCCAAACUGCCAACAAUUGCUUGCCACCUUGUGGUAUGAUGGCUUCCCUGGAUGGCGGAGAAAACACUGGGUAGUGAGCCUCCUGACCUGUAUGACCAUUGGCUUCCUGUUUCCUAUGCUGUCUAUAGCCUAUCUGAUCUCACCCAGAAGCAACCUUGGGCUGUUCAUCAAGAAGCCCUUUAUCAAGUUCAUCUGCCAUACAGCUUCCUAUCUGACCUUUCUCUUCAUGCUCCUCCUGGCUUCUCAGCACAUCGUCAGGACAGACCUCCAUGUACAAGGACCUCCCCCAACUGUUGUGGAAUGGAUGAUACUACCUUGGGUUUUAGGUUUCAUUUGGGGGGAGAUAAAGGAAAUGUGGGACGGUGGAUUCACUGAAUACAUCCAUGACUGGUGGAACCUAAUGGAUUUUGCAAUGAACUCCCUCUACCUGGCUACUAUUUCCUUGAAGAUUGUGGCCUAUGUCAAGUAUAAUGGUUCUCGUCCAAGGGAGGAAUGGGAAAUGUGGCACCCGACUCUGAUUGCAGAGGCGCUCUUCGCAAUAUCCAACAUUUUAAGUUCCUUGCGUCUCAUAUCCUUGUUCACAGCCAACUCCCACUUAGGGCCUCUGCAGAUCUCUUUGGGACGCAUGCUGCUUGAUAUACUCAAAUUCCUCUUUAUCUACUGCCUAGUACUUCUGGCUUUUGCCAACGGAUUGAACCAGCUUUAUUUUUACUAUGAGACCAGAGCUAUCGAUGAACCUAACAACUGCAAGGGGAUCCGGUGUGAAAAACAGAACAAUGCCUUCUCCACGCUCUUUGAAACCCUUCAGUCACUCUUCUGGUCUGUAUUUGGCCUUUUAAAUCUCUAUGUCACCAAUGUGAAGGCCAGACACGAGUUCACCGAGUUCGUGGGAGCUACGAUGUUUGGGACAUACAACGUGAUCUCCCUGGUAGUGCUGCUGAACAUGCUCAUUGCCAUGAUGAACAACUCCUACCAGCUUAUCGCCGAUCAUGCUGACAUUGAGUGGAAGUUUGCGAGAACGAAGCUCUGGAUGAGUUACUUUGAUGAAGGUGGAACGUUGCCACCACCUUUCAACAUUAUCUCCAGCCCCAAAUCAUUCCUCUAUCUUGGCAACUGGUUCAACAAAACCUUCUGUCCCAAAAGAGACCCGGAUGGAAGACGAAGGAGGCACAACUUGAGAAGCUUCACAGAACGCCAUGCUGAUAGCCUGAUACAAAAUCAACAUUAUCAGGAAGUUAUCAGAAAUUUAGUCAAGAGAUAUGUGGCUGCAAUGAUAAGAAACUCCAAAACAAAUGAGGGGCUAACAGAAGAAAAUUUUAAGGAAUUAAAGCAGGACAUCUCCAGCUUUCGCUAUGAAGUGCUUGACCUCUUGGGAAACAGAAAACAUCCAAGAAGAAGCUUUUCCACUAGCAGCGCUGAAUUCUCUCAAAGGGAUGAUACCAAUGAUGGCAGUGGAGGGGCUCGGGCCAAGUCUAAGAGUGUCUCUUUCAAUUUAGGCUGCAAGAAAAAGGCCUGUCAUGGGGCACCUCUCAUCAGAACCAUGCCAAGAGCCGGUGACGCUCAAGGAAAGUCGAAAGCUGAGUCAUCAAGCAAACGGUCCUUCAUGGGUCCCUCGUUCAAGAAACUGGGUCUCCUAUUCUCAAAAUUUAACGGCCACAACUCUGAACCCACUUCAGAGCCAAUGUACACGAUCUCCGACGGCAUCGCACAGCAGCAUUAUAUGUGGCAGGACAUCAGAUAUUCUCAGAUGGAGAGAGGGAAGGCAGAGGCCUGCUCUCAAAGUGAAAUGAACCUUAGUGAGGUAGAGUUAGGUGAAAUCCGGGGUGCUGCUGGGAGCAGUGAAGGCGCCCUGGCCUGUUCCAGCUCUCUUCACGGUGCAUCUGGCAUCUGCUCCUCAAAUUCUAAACUUUUAGAGUCAUCAGAGGAUGUAUUUGAAACUUGGGGAGAGGCUUGUGACUUGCUCAUGCACAAAUGGGGUGACGGACAGGAAGGACAAGUUACAACUCGGCUCUAA